AUGAGUGCUACACACUAUCAAAAUCAUUCUGCAGAUCAAAGACAUAUGAGAUCUCCAGAAGGUUCCGAUAUGGAAAAACGUUUUAAUGAUGCUAAAUCUUAUAUCACAUCAACAACAGGGAAAGAUGGUGUUAAUUUAUAUGAUCAUUUGGUAAAAUGUGUAUCUCGAUUAUUAACAGAACAACCUCGUGAUUCUGUUACCAUAUUUGAAGAUGUUAGUAAAUUAGCUCGAUCUCAACAAGUGAAACCACAAGAACAGCCAGCGGAAAAUACUGAACAUAUUUUAGCUGAAGAACAAAAACCUCUUUUUGAAAAAUCUGAUAAUGCAGAAGAACUUGACGAUGAAGCAUUACAAAGUCCAUUGCCUCAUAUUCUCGAACAAGCUUAUUAUUUUGAACAAGCUGGCAUUGGUCUUGGUAGAGAUGAAACAUAUCGGAUUUGGCUUGCAUUGAAACAAUUAGUUGAUAAAGGUCAAUAUGAAAAAGUACGGUUUUGGGGUAAAAUAGUCGGUACUGAAAAAAAUUAUUACAUAGCUGAAGUUGAACAAAAUGCUGAAGAAGAAGCUGAUGAUGACGAUGGAAAUGAAGAAACAAGUGAAAAUGAUGAUGCAAAAGAUGCUGAUGAUGAAGAAGGUGAAGGCGAAGAAGAUCCUUUACCGAAAUCGACUUAUAAAGCACCACCACCUGUACCUAAAGAAGAGCGUGGUACUGGUGUUAAUAAAUAUACAUAUCAUGUUUGUAAUCAUCCUGGAUCUCCAUGGGUUAGAUUGCCAAUAGUAACACCAGCACAAGUAUCUCAAGCACGACAAAUUAAAGUGUUUUUUACUGGAGAUUUAAAUCGAGAAAUAAAAUCCUUUCCAGCUUAUCCAGGUACAGAAAAAAAUUAUUUACGUGCUCAAAUAGCAAGAAUUAGCGCAACAACACAUGUAUCACCUGCAGGAAAAUUUAAAUUUUCGGAUGAAGAAGAAGAAGCCGAAGAAGAAGGUGGAAAACAAAAUUAUCAAGAAAAUGAAGAUUUUACAGGUGCACCAUUAUCUGAAUUAGUUCACGAAGACUUGAAUGGAUGGGUGCAUCAUGUUUUACAUGUUCUUCCUCAAGGUCGAACAAAAUGGUGGAAUCCAAAUGAUAAUGGCGACAAAGAAGAAGAAGAAGCAGAAGAAGAAGAAGACAUGAAAGCUGCAGCACCGGGAGCACAACCUGAACAAGGACCACCACUUUUAACACCAAUUGGUGUUGAUGCUGAAAUUCAAAAUACAAAAGCAUGGACAGCAAAAAUAUCUUCAAAUCUUAUUCCACAAUAUGCUUGUGCUUUUGUUCGGUCGAAUCUGUGGCCUGGUGCAUAUGCAUUUGCACGUGGAAUGAUUUGGGAAAAUAUUUAUGUUGGCUUUGGACAUAAAUAUUCAACAACAGAUUAUAGACCAGAAUUACCACCGUUGCCAGCCAAUGAAUAUACUGAUUUACCGGAAAAUAUUGAAAUUGAUGAUCCAACACCAGAAGAUGAAGCUAAAGCUCGUGCUGCUGAAGAGCAUGGCGAAGAGGGAGAAGAAGAACACGAAGAAGAAGCAGAGAAUGAAGAAGAAGAUGAUUAA